UUAAAAAGAAAUUCAUAUCACGGAAAUUAAAAGUUAUUAGUAUUAAUUAUUAUCAUUUUUUUAGUGAUGUCUUUUUAUUGGAAGAGAUUGAAUUUUUUUUAGAAAUAAAAGUCGGACAGGGAGGUUGCAUGCAGUAUGAUUUUAACCUCGAACUUCAAUUUUAAUGGUGGACACUGGACAGAUAUGGCGGAGUGCGGCCCUUACAAGUGUUUAUUUUGUUUUAAUUUAUUUAAUCUUGAGAUAUCCGGCUGUUAGUAGUUUUAUGUGAGAUGGACGAAAGUUCCGUUUAGGUUCAUCCCGAAAUAUGAAAAUUGGAAACGUUUCGACGAGGGCAGCGUUUUUGUCAGACUGAAAACCGUGAGAUGAACGCAUUUUAUCUCGUACCCUGAGCCCGAGAUAACGUUCGGCGAGAAAUCUGAACAAUAAAAAUCCCUCGGCUGUGAUAAUUCAACUUGUUUCUACAUGCUUUUGCCUCCGUUUCGGAACGACGCCAAACCGACACGGGAAAGAGGUGAAGUUUCGAUUCGUUCCGACGUCGGACGGUCGUGCGGGAUUUCUCGCCGGAGGACGGACACGGGGCUGAUCGCCUUCGUACAGUGCGGACUCCUUGGAAAAAACGGGCCGGGGCCCUCUGCAAAGGGCGAAGUCCAAAAACGUCAGACGCACAUCCACAAUUUUCAUUUCGAUCUCGAGCUUUAUCUCGAGUGAUUCAUACGUUUUUGUACUUCCUGUUUUGUCAGUCGCGACUUCACGAUAGAACUCGGGCCGAUUCACUGUUACUUCCAACGACCUUUCGCUAAAAAAAGCUGCCGUUUCGUUUUUGGUGCCAUCCUACGCUUGUUAGAUUUGACAGUUGAUAACACACCUCCAGCACAAUGUCAGACGACGAAGAUAAGCCUCCAGCACCACCUGUCAGACUCUCUAGCAAUAGAGUUGAAACAACGCCAACAGUGCCUGUAGACAUGAGACCCCUCCCCAAAGAGCCAGAUGCCGAUGACAGGAAAAAGAAGGCGGCCAAGAAAAGCCGGACGAAGACGAGAGAGACUGAGAAGCCUAACAUCUCGUAUCCGACAAACUUUGAACACACGGUUCAUGUUGGAUAUGACACUGUCACCGGCGAGUUCACGGGGAUGCCAGAAGCGUGGACGAGGCUCUUGAUGAAUUCAAACAUCAGCAAACAAGAGCAGAAGAAGAAUCCACAGGCUGUUUUAGAUGUCUUGAACUGGUUUGACAAUUCCAGCAAGGAGGUGAAGGGUUCAAAGUUCAUGACCACUACUAAAAUGAUCGGUAACAGUGGUGGUCUUGAAGUUUCACUGAGACCGCUUAGACAAAAUUCAGCCCAGUCACAGUCUCUUUCACACCCAUCUUCUUCCUCGACUCCCGACACUGAACCAAACACAUAUCUUCCUGCAUCAGCAACUGGAACGUCAACUUCUUCUGAACAAGAAGACGAAACACCACCUCCACCCGUUGCCACAAGACCAGAAAGAACUAAAUCAAUUUACACAAAGCCAGUAGAAGACAUCAGCCCGACACCACUCACGCCAAUGAGAACAACAAACGGGACAAUGACGACGCCUUCGACUCCCACCUUAGACAAAAACAAGAAUCACAACAUAGCCGCUCUCACAAAUUCGAACGCAAAUCCUGUUACUCCUGCUCAAGUGAGAAAAAAGAAACUCUCCGAUGAUGAAAUACUCGAUAGACUUAGAACAAUUGUGACUGUUGGAGACCCUAAUCGGAAGUACACAAAAAUGGAGAAGAUUGGACAAGGGGCCUCAGGAACUGUUUACACAGCUAUAGAAGCAUCAACGGGGAUGGAAGUGGCUAUUAAACAAAUGAAUCUCUCCCAGCAACCAAAAAAAGAGUUAAUUAUAAAUGAAAUUCUUGUCAUGAGGGAGAAUAAACAUCCUAAUGUUGUUAAUUACCUUGAUAGUUACCUUGUCGUCGAGGAACUCUGGGUUGUUAUGGAGUAUCUCCCUGGGGGUUCGUUAACAGAUGUUGUAACUGAGACGUGUAUGGACGAAGGACAGAUUGCCUCCGUUUGCCGGGAAGUGUUGCAAGCCUUAGAAUUUCUCCAUUGUAACCAAGUAAUCCAUAGAGACAUCAAAUCUGAUAACAUUCUGUUAGGAUUAGACGGGAGUGUUAAGCUGACUGACUUUGGAUUUUGUGCUCAAAUUUCUCCUGAACAAUCAAAAAGAACCACUAUGGUCGGUACUCCGUACUGGAUGGCUCCGGAAGUCGUCACUCGUAAACAGUAUGGGCCAAAAGUGGAUAUUUGGUCUCUAGGUAUCAUGGCUAUAGAAAUGAUAGAAGGGGAACCUCCUUACCUGAAUGAAAAUCCAUUAAGGGCGUUAUACCUUAUUGCAACAAAUGGAAAACCAGAAAUUAAGGAGAAGGAAAAACUGUCACAAAUUUUCCAAGACUUUCUGGAUCAGUGCCUUGAAGUAGAAGUGGAAUGCAGAGCAUCUGCUUCUGAGCUUUUGAAACAUCCGUUUUUGAAACUGUCAAGGCCGCUUGCUAGUUUGACUCCACUGAUAAUGGCAGCGAAAGAAUCGGUUAAAACACACUGAGAUUUGCCUUCACGGCCGACUGCUGUUGACCAGCAGGCGUCCGUAGUGUAAAAUAACUUAGCAAUGGCAGAUGUUUGAUAGAAUUUAGUUUCUUGUAUAAUAAUAUUUUACUAAGACUAAAGCUUAAGCACGACUAUGGUUUUACAAUGUUUUGCUAUUUAUAUUUUACAAAGAUAUGUAAAUAGUGAGUUUCUAUAUUUUAUAUAGACAUGAAUUACAAUAGAAAGCAAGCCUCUAUCUUUGAACGAGUGAGGUCAGAAGUAUUGAUUUCCCUUAUAAUGUUAUUAAGAAAAUAAUAAAAAAUAGGUAUUUACUAUUUACUUCAGUUUGUUAAAAAUUAAAAACAAUACUGGAAAAACAUAUUCACCUUCAAAUGAAAUGUUAUUGUAAUUCUAAUAUUAUUUUCCCUUAAUGCCUUAUUAGUUUGUGAAAUUUUUUUAUAACCAUUUUGAAGAGUAAAACAUAUCAACCUCACCUCGUGUGAUUUCGUAAAGAGGCAGACAUAUAAUUUUAUUGAAUAUCCUUUUUCAAAUUAUUUAUAAAAACAAAGAGGUUAAAAAAAAGAGUAAUCAGUUUUGCAAAUUAUGGUGCUAUUCAUCUCAAUAUAUCAAAGGAAAUCUGUUAUCUUUUAAGUAUAUAUUAAACUCAUCUUUUAUUUUGAUGUGCAAA